AUGUUUUCAACUCCCGAAGCGCCUUUUAAGGCUCGAGCCCUCGAGUUCUCUAAACCUGGCCCUAAAGGAACACCUGAUGCCGUUCCUAUUCCCGGGUCAGAAAAGCCAGGACGAUCGAAAGUGUAUCGACAUUGGAAAAUUGGGAGUGGAGAGUUGCUUCAGACCCUAGAUCCUAAGGUCCGCACUGGACAUGACAUGUUUGAAAGCACUGCCCUUCGUCAGCCAAAAAAUCAUUGUCUAGGAUGGCGCCCGUGGGACCCUGUCAAGCAGAAUUUUGGUCCUUAUGUAUGGAUGGAUUAUGAAACAGUGCAAAAACGUCGUGCAGCUGUUGGCGUUGGCUUGGUUGAACUGCACCGCCGUAUCGGUAUCCAGGACAGGAGCUUCGGUGUUGGACUUUGGUGCCAGAACCGCCCAGAGUGGCAGAUUACUGAUUUGGCUUGCAUGUCUCAAUCAUUAUUUACCGUCUCUUUGUACGAGACACUGGGCCCCGAAGCCACCGAAUUUAUUGUUAAGAAUGCGGAGUUAGCCUGCGUCGUCGCAUCGCUUCCCCAUCUUCCUACACUCUUAAAACUGAAGCCUUCGCUACCCUCCCUUAAACUCAUCGUCUGCCUUGAUCCUUUGGAUUCGAACGACCAAGCGGGCCACUCAAAACGAGAUAUACUAAACCCUAUAGCCGCCGAAGCUGGCGUGACGAUCUACACUUUAGAUGAAGUCGAAAAGCUCGGCGUUUCUCUCAACCGACCGUACAAUCCUCCUCGCCCGGAUGAUAUCAUUACGAUCAACUAUACUUCCGGUACUACUGGUUUGCCAAAGGGCGUUGUCCUCACCCAUGCAAACGCUGUAGCUGCUGCUUCGACCUCUUUAUCGACUAUCCUCCAAACGUCCUCCGAUAUCUCAUGUUCCUAUCUUCCGUUAGCCCAUAUCUAUGGAAGGAUGAUUGAACAAACGUUACUGUGGGCUGGUGGUAGAAUUGGAUAUUUCCACGGAAACAUUCUAGAACUUGUCGACGACUUCAAACUCCUAAAACCAACUAUCUUGGCAUCUGUUCCGCGUUUGUAUGGCCGCUUUGGUGGAGCUAUUCGCGCGGCAACUGUGGAACAACCUGGCUUCAAAGGUGCUCUGUCAAGACACGUUGUUUCCGCCAAGACUGCAAAUUUGGUUGGUGCGAAGCCUGAAAAUGCGACUGCAACACAUGCCCUAUACGAUCGUAUCUGGAGCAAGAAAGUUGCCGCUGGACUUGGUUUUGAGCGCAUGAAGUACAUGGUAUCAGGUUCCGCACCGCUCGAUAGCUCUCUUCAUCAAUUCUUACGCCUUGCAUUUGCUACCACCAUCGUUCAGGGUUAUGGACUGACUGAAAGUUUUGCCGUUGCAAUGUGCCAAUCGCCGCAGGACUUGACUGCAGGUCACUGUGGUGGUGUCAGUGCUGUCGUAGAGGCUUGCUUGUUGUCAUUACCAGAUAUGGAAUAUUCCGUUGAUGAUAAACCAUACCCACGAGGCGAAUUGCUCCUUCGCGGAAACUCAAUUUUCAGAGAAUACUAUAAAAACCCAGAGGAAACUUCAAAGGCAAUGACCGAAGAUGGAUGGUUCAAAACAGGCGAUGUCUGCAUGGUGGAUGAAAAUGGCCGAUUUACCAUCAUCGACCGCCGUAAGAACCUUUUGAAGCUCGCCCAGGGAGAGUAUGUGUCCCCUGAACGCAUCGAAGGUAUCUAUCAAAGUGCGUGUCCAUACCUGGCUCAAUCUUUUGUUCAUGGAGACAGCGUCCAAACACACCUUGUCGCCAUUUUCGGUAUUCAGCCGGAUAUUUUCGCUACUUUCGCAGGGAAGGUUCUGAAAAAGACCUUUGACGCCACCGACAUGGAUGCUUUGCGUGAGGCUGCCAAGGAUCCAAAGGUUCUUGACACCGUAAGGAAGGAUCUUGAUCGGGCCGGCAAGAAACAUAAACUUUCAGGGUUCGAACGAGUAAAAAAUGUUGCAUUGCUGGUGGAUCCGUUUUCAAUUGACAAUGGCCUUUUGACUCCAACGCUCAAGCUCAAAAGACCUCAGGCUGCCAAAGCAUUCCGAGAGCUCUUGGACGAGCUUUAUGCCACUGCCCCUCAAAACGGCGAGGGCAGCAACACGUUGAGAGCCAAGCUAUAG